AUGACAGUUUGGUACAGAAAUGAACCAGUUGGUUUGAACAAGUUGAAAACAUUCAUGAAAAAUUUGUCUAAGAGUGCGGGUUUAACAAAGGAAUACACAAAUCAUUGCAUUCGAUCUACGACAAUUACCCUUUUGAACAAUUGUGGAUUUGAAUCCAGGCAUAUUGCAACAAUAAGCGGUCACAGAAAUGAAGCAUCACUUGCUAGCUAUUGCUAUGAUACUUCAGAUCAGCAGAAAAAGGCUAUGUCAGAUGCUAUCAGUGUUUGUGUUGGACAUAAAAUAGAACCUAGUGAAAAAAUUACACACAAAGAUGCAGGGAAAGCUAUUAAGUCAGGUGAUGGUAAAAGAGGCACUUUAGUUGCAAUCCAAAACACGUGUACAGUGACAGAUACAUGUACUGAGAUGAGUGAUAAUGAUGAUGCAGCACUCCUGAAGUGUGCUAUGGAUAUGGAAAGUAAUUCUAAUCAGCAGGCUGUCAAACCUAUUUUCCAGUUUUCCGGAUGCAAUGUCACAAUUCAGAACCACUAUCAUUAACACUUAAACAAUUAAUUCUGUUACAUAAGGCCCUGUGUAAACUACAUUACCUAGUCACUGUGUGAAGUUAAAUUCAUGAAAAUAAAAUGUUGAAUUUGCA